ACUUGAAAAGAUUUUCCCACCAUCAUUCUUCAAUUCCAUGGAACACUUACCGGUUCACCUUCCACGCGAAGCUAGGCUAUGUGGUCCCGUACAAUACCGUUGGAUGUAUCCCUUUGAAAGGUUCCUUAAUCAUUUAAAACGCAAAAUUGGUAACAAGGCUCGUGUGGAGGGUUCUAUUUGUAAUGCGUACUUGUGCGAAGAGAUUGCAAACUUCUGUUCCAACUAUUUUCAGCAAGGAGUGGAUACUAAGACACGAGAUUUAGGCCGUAAUGUCACUGAUGAAGUUGAUAGGAUGCUCGAUGAAAAUGUCCCAGAACUAUUUAGAGUUGAUUGUGGUCGGCCGUCAAAUGCAGGUGGAAAACGAUUUUUAACUGAAGCAGAACUUCAACGUGCACACCUAUAUGUGUUAGCAAAUACAGGCAUCUUACAAGAAUUUGAAAAGGAUUUCGAGGACCACAUUCUUCAAAUUCGACCUACUCUACGUGCAGAAGAUGUGUGGGUGCAACAUGAAGCAGAAUACCUUGAUUGGUUUAGAUCGAAAGUUAUUCAAGACAAACCAAAUGAUGAUGUACUGUUUGCUUUAGCAAUGGGUCCUUCGACAUUAGUUCGCACUUGGAAUGGAUACUAUGUUAAUGGAUACAAUUUCCAAACACAAGGAUCAAGCAAACACAAGUCCACCAUGAAUUAUGGAGUGUGUGUGUCUAAUGACGGAGGGAGUGAUUUCUUUGGGAUUCUAGAUGAUGUUAUAGAAUUGAAGUUUACUGGUGCACUUAGGCAAUAUAACACUAUUUUAUUCAAGUGCAAUUGGAUGGACAAUGUCAGGGGAAUGAACAUCGAUCAAUACAAGCUAGUUGAAGUCAACCAUACCAAGAAAUACCCCAAGUUUGAUCCCUUUGUGCUAUCAUACCAGGUAAGCAUGUCUAAUCCUAAGGAGCGCGGAGGUCGAGAUGGCUUAGGUGGAAGCCAAGGUCGUGGGAAAUUGAUUCGCAGGGAGCUUUUUGAGUCACCAGGAGCUCCAGAAAGCCCGAACCUUGGCUCUGAGACAACGAGAUGAUUCACAGGCACGUGACAUUGGUGACCAUGUACCGGAGACGCCGAGCAGCCAGAGGGAGGAAGCUGAAGGGUCAAACCGUGCAUCAAAAAGGGUUUUGAGCCCUACUGGAUUGUGGUUUGAUGAUAACAAAGUUAGCGGGUCCAUCACUGACAUUUUCCAGGGUCAUUUCCGAGAACCUUGGUUUAACUACCGUGAGGUGGACGAUGCAACAAAGACGCAUUGGUGGAACUCAUUCACGGGUCUUUACGAAUGGGCUCCUGAGUUAGAUGGCCAAGUGAGAAAAGCAUACCAUAUGAAAGCUGGAACUCGUUUGAGAGAUUUGCGGUAUUGGGUGCUCAACAAAGCUAAAGAAAGGCCAAAAUGGUUGGGGAAAACCAUUUAUGAAACUAUGAAAAAGAAAAGUCAGGAGCCCGCAUUCCUCGAGAAAUCUGAGAAGGCAAAGAAGAACCGAAGAGGUGGCUCCCUCUCUAAUCCAGUUGAGCCGUCGCACUUUCAGGGUUCCAUCUCGGCGGCACAACAUGCUAAAAAGAUGGCAAAGAGUAGAGGAGGAGUACUCCCUACCGCCCCGAGUUGUUCUUGAAGACUCAUUUCAAAACUGUUGCUGGAAAAGGAGAAAUUGCAGCAAACAAGAGAGCAAAACAAAUUUCGGAGACGUACAACAAGAAGCUGGAUGAUUGUAGCACUCAAGGGUCACAGCCAAACCCUGAUUUGUUGUAUUGGGAGACAGUUGGUGGGAGGAACAGAGGAAAAGUGCAGGG